UAACUCCACCAAAUUUGUGGCUCUUAAUUGUUCCCCUCUCUUGCUUAUGUGGCAUUCCUUCCCCACCCCAAAUCUCACUCACUGCUCCCAUUCCCUCCAUUAAAAUCACCAAAACAUACAGCUUGUCAGUGCCAGGGAUCCACAGUUUUUAAUCAUUUAUACCACUGGUAAUGAUUUUCUGAAAAAAACAUAGAUAAAGUGAAAGAAGCCUUUGCUGUACUACACAGAAGAAGAUCAUGUCUAAUGAUCACUCUUGUGCUGCUAUAAAGCUGUUUGGCAAGAUGAUUCCAUUGCUGCCAUUAAACCAGGAUGAAGCUUUAGCUGCUAGAGAUGACUGCUGUGAUACAAAUCUCCAUUCUUCAUCUAUUUCUUUAGCUUCCAUGGUGGACCAGGAAUCAAUGGAGAACGGAUUCCACAAGGAUAAACAUGAAAAGACGAGAUCAGAAGAUAUAAAAGAUGACUCCGAAGCUUCAUCCCUACGAAGCUCUAAGAAUGGUGAAACAACAUGUUCACAACAAGACAAGACAAUGAAGAAGCCUGAUAAGAUGCUCCCAUGUCCACGAUGUAAUAGCAAGGCAACCAAGUUUUGUUACUUUAACAAUUACAACGUCAACCAACCUCGUCAUUUCUGCAAAAACUGUCAGAGAUAUUGGACUGCUGGAGGCACCAUGAGGAACGUCCCGGUCGGCGCCGGUCGUCGCAAAACAAAGGCCUCUUCUUCUCUGCACUUCAAUCAUCAAUGGUUUCCUUCUAAAGUAGCAUGUUUUUCAAGGCCUUUUCCAUGGGAUGUUCCAAUGGCAAGCUAUAAUAUUCCAGUUUCUCCAACAGUACUGGGGAAACAUUCAAGGGAUGAACCCAACAUGGAUUCAACAACUUUGAGAAUAAUAGAUGAUGAUGGUGAGACCAACAAAAGCUCAUUGUUGGCAACACCGAUUAUGAAAACCAAGAACACCAAUUCGGGAGGUUUAUUCAAUGGCUUACAAGCAAAAGGCAACGAUGAAAGAAAUUACAGAUCUGUAGAAACAUUCUCUGUGUUGAGGGCUAACCCGGCAGCAUUGUCUCGAUCACUCAACUUUCAUGAAAAAACAUGAAAAAAAAUAUUAUGUCAGCAAUUGAUGGAUCUAGUGCUUUUUUGCCUAGCUUGACCAAAAAUGAUCAACCAUGUCAUGUACAUAAAUUUUCUUUUUUGGUUGCUGUAAAAUUGUCCUAAAUUAUUCAGUUUUUCAUUUAUGCCCUUUCCAUCUUUUGCUGCUAUAGGAUAAGAAAAUAGCAGCAAAUCAUGGAUUCUGCUAUAAAUUGUGAGGAAAAUCAGAAAAUGGGUGCCUAAAGUUGCAGUAGUUGAUCAAUGGGAAGACAAGGACACCUCAAAGUUAGUCAA